GUCAACCGUCUUGUGAACAACUUGUGUUUCAGUGCAGGCUCUCAGGCUGCCCUUCCCUCUUUAACUAUUUCCUGCCAAUUCAAAAAAAUGCUCCCAUGGAGCAAUUCCAGUGCGACGCCCUUGUCACAACUUCUGUCCUUUAUCUUCACUUUCCUUUCCUUUCUACCACACAUAUCAUGGGCUUCUGAAUGGAUCGAUUAUUCGCCAGAUGGAUAUGCCACUAUGACACACUAUUCCCUUCCCGAAAACUUCGUUGCAGCAUGCGGGUGUACAUCCACCAGCACAAAUUAUCCAACCGCUGCCAUGAAUCAGAUGGCAUAUGGCAGUAGUACAUCUUACGGCCCCGCUUGUGGACAAUGUUUUAAUCUCACCCUACUAAAUUCUUUUCUUUCCAAUCCCCCCUUUUACCCCAACGUUACAAAUUCAGUUAUCAUAAAAGUUACUGACUUAUGUCCAUUAUCUCACUCCGGCUGGUGCAAUGCAACUACUAAUGGGCCGAAUGCUGGUGGUCACUACCUAAAUUUUGACCUCGCAUGGCCAUCAUCUUCGAUUCCAGAUGAUUUCUUUCCUUCAAAUGAACCACUUUAUGGUUAUACUGACUUUGGCGUCUGGAAUAUCAGCUACCAGUCAGUCUCCUGCACAAAUUGGGAGGGCUGGAAUCAUGCUGCUGCUCUCGGGAGCGUGGCUAAUUUGGGAUACAGUGCAUGCUGUCCUGGCAAUCCAACCGGCAGUACUAAUGAAACUUGUCCAUCGUAUUCUGACGACAAUGGCAUCCCACCUGACACGCAAACCUCUGGAUUCGCUAUACCCUCAUCAUUUUCACUCCUUCCUGUUGUCGCACUCGCUGUAUCGCUACUAUCGCACAUGUUUUGACGCCUUGGAUUUCUGGCCUCGAGGUUUUUUUUUGGUAUACCCCCGACAGCAUUAGGGUAAGCGUUUACAAAAACGAUGACCUCUUCAUACAGCACGCAUUCUUCACAAUCGAGGAGAUGCCAGAUAUCAAUAGAAGAAGAAAAAAGGGUCUGCGAUCCACGGGCCAGCCGAGUAGAACAUUGGCUUGGUAGAAGAUAUCGAGACGAUUGUCUUUGUCGGUUCUGGUAACUACAGUUACUGAUCUUGAACCUUGCGCGACUUGUUCAAGUGUCCACGCCGUUCUCACUUCAUAGCGAUUUGCAAAAGUAUGCCAAUAUGUUCGACAAAAAGGAAAACAAGGCAGUGUCAGGAGGGACUUCCUGUGUUGUAUAUCACAACCAUUCAAG